AUGGAAAAACGCCUCUUUUCUUCUCCUCGAGCAGUCGACCUGGAACCCUUCUCCUCGAGCAGUCGACCUAGAACCCAAUUGACCAACAGAUCAGAGCGAACCCAGAUCAGAGCUAAACCCCAAAUAGUCAACAGAUCAGAGCGAUCUUCGAUCAGAGGCGACCAACAGAUCAGAGCGAUCUCCGAUCUCAGACGACCAAUAGAUAGCGAAGGAGAGAACCGCCGCGAACAACAGAACCCGGACGAGCGUGUCGCUGAGCUGAUCCAUCAGCAGCUUCAGGAUCGACUGAUCCUGGUGCUUCUCCAGUUCGUUCCAUCCGUACACCGCCCGACGCUUCUCGACUUCCUCCUCCGACAGCCCCGAGUCGCUGCUGACCUUGAACUCGUCCUCGCAUUCCUGAUGAAACUGAACUUUGUUAUUGGAAGUGAAGGAUGGGGUGGGGAUCCAUGAUUCAGGAUGGGGUGGGGA